AUGGCUCUGCCGCAAGAUUCCGGUGGAAACACCGGCACGACCGCCGCCGAGGAUCGCGAUGCUUUGUCGCGAAUAUUUACCCAUGAAGACUUUUCGGUGGGCGAGGGUGUUCCCAAGCCAUUUUAUAGUAAUGUUUACGGACGCAUGGAUCUUGCGAAUGAGGGCCUAAAUACGCAGGCAUCGAUAACCGCCGAUGGACGAGUUGAUAUCGAUAUUGCCGAGCCUACAUCGCGACUACGGUCCAUGUUCAAACUACCCGCAUUCGGACCUCGUUCAAGAGCAACUACGACCAGCGCACCGAUCCCCCCAUCGCUAGACAGAAGACGAGACCAGAAGCCCCCUCCAUUGAACAUUGUGAUACAGGUGGUGGGAUCCCGUGGCGAUGUCCAACCAUUCAUCGCACUCGGACGAGUCUUGAAAUUCUCGCAUGGCCAUCGGGUCAGACUGGCAACACACGCAAGUUUCCAAGGCUUUGUCGAGGAGAAUGGACUGGAAUUCUUCUGCAUCGGAGGUGACCCCAUGGAGCUCAUGGCGUUCAUGGUCAAGAACCCGGGCCUUAUGCCGGGCUUUGAUGCGCUCAAGAACGGCGAUAUACAUAGACGUCGCGUCGAGAUUGCAGCCAUCAUCUCGGGCUGUUGGAGGUCGUGUUUCGAGGCCGGAGAUGGUACUGGCGUGCCUGUUUCUGAUCGAACAGCAGAUUUGGACAACUUCAAAGAGGGGCAUAUUCCGUUUGUUGCUGAUGCGAUUAUUGCGAAUCCUCCGAGUUUUGCGCACGUGCAUUGUGCGGAGAAGUUGGGCAUACCGCUUCAUAUGAUGUUUACUAUGCCGUGGUCGCCCACACAAGCAUUUCCGCAUCCGCUUGCCACUAUCAAUCGCUCAAAGGCAGAUAUCGGCAUUACGAACUAUGUUAGCUAUGCGAUUGUGGAGAUGAUGACUUGGCAAGGAUUGGGUGAUAUUAUCAAUCGCUUUCGUGAACGGAGUUUAGGACUUGCGCCGAUUAGUAUUAUGUGGGCACCUUCAUUGGUUUCGCGUCUUAAGAUACCGCAGACGUAUUGUUGGUCACCCGCUUUGAUUCCCAAACCCAAUGAUUGGGGUCGUCAUAUCGAUAUUUCCGGCUUCUACUUUCUAUCUUUGGCGUCAGACUAUACUCCCCCAGAUGACCUGGCGGCCUUCCUAGCCGCUGGUCCACCUCCAAUAUACAUCGGUUUUGGAUCGAUUGUAGUCGACGAUCCUAACCACAUGACGCAACUAAUAUUUGAUGCUGUUCGUCUAACCGGUCAAAGGGCUCUCGUAUCCAAAGGAUGGGGUGGACUUGGAGCUGAACAGCUUGGUGUUCCUGAAGGUGUUUUCAUGCUUGGUAACUGUCCUCAUGACUGGUUGUUCCAUCAUGUCUCGUGCGUUGUUCAUCAUGGAGGUGCUGGAACAACUGCAGCCGGUAUUGCAGCGGGCCGUUCCACCGUUAUCGUACCAUUCUUUGGUGACCAACCUUUCUGGGGCGCUAUGGUUGCUAAAGCUGGUGCGGGGCCUCAGCCGAUUCCCUACAAAGAAUUGACAGCAGAGAAGCUAGCCGACGCGAUCAAAUUUGCUCUAGAGCCAGCAACAUCGGAGAAAGCGGCGUCGCUGGCGGCUAUCAUAGAAGCAGAGCAUGGUGCUGACGAUGGUGCUAUUUCCUUUCAGAAUCAUCUCAAUGUGGACAAGAUGCGGUGCUCUUUAGAUGUUGAUCGUGUUGCCGUCUUUCGAAUCAAACGUACUCAGAUUCGGUUAAGUGCUUUGGCUUUUGCUGUGCUAAACGCGGAAGGGAAGUUGGGAGUGGACGAUGUGAAACUAUAUCGGUCACAAGAGUAUAUGACAGAACCCGAUCCUACAGAUCCGGUCAUUGGGGGUGGCGCCGCCAUGUUAGACAGCAUCGAAGAAUUCCUCAUGGGGUUUGCAGAUCUGUCAAUGGACGUCAAACGUAGUCUGAACUCGAGAAUUUCAAGAUCCAGCUCUCGGUCAAGCACGAAUCGCAAAUCUGGAAGUCAAAGUCGAACAGGUUCACCGACUGCUGCAGCGCGUGCUAAAAUACUGAGUGAUGAUGACUCGUCAUUGAAGCAUUCCACAGAGACGAGCUCUAUAUCGACAAAAGAGUCUGUUUCUAUGCCUCUUGCAGGUGAUGCAGUGACUUCAUUACCAGCUGCCGACGAGGUGACUGAAGACUCUACCCAGUUGAAGGCACCAACGUUGGCCUCCACGGCAGAAGAGACUCGAACGAGGAAACACGCGCGUACAAUCAAUGACAUUCGCGACUUCGACUUCGACGGAUUCCUCACUGCUGGGAAAUCUGCGGCCAAGGUUGUGAAUGUUGGUCUGAGAGCUCCGGCAAGCUUUUCAAUGGCAGUGGCUAAAGGCUUCCAUAAUAUGCCGUUGCUUUACGGGGACGAUACUGUUCGCGAGCAGUCGAAAGUAACAGGUAUCAAAAGUGGUUUGAAAGCGGCUGGGAAGGAAUUCGGAUAUGGUUUCUUCGACGGUAUCUCUGGCCUAGCAACUCAACCGGUUCAAGGUGCUAGAAAAGAAGGGGCCGUCGGCGCUAUCAAAGGUUUUAGCAAAGGGAUCGGUGGUCUGAUCUUGAAGCCUGCGGCAGCUGUCUGGUCUUUGACCGGUUACACGAUGAGUGGUAUCUACCAAGAGAUUCAAAAACGGUUUGGUGAGAGUGUAGAGAACUACAUUAUGGCGUCACGAUGCGCUCAAGGAUUGAACGACCUGUCGACCUGUACAACUGAGGAGAAGGAGAACAUAUUGACGAACUGGUCAUUGUUUGAGGCAGACGUUGAAGCAAAGAGGAAUGCACGGCGCAACCGUUACAAAGUGGACGGUGACGGGAAGAGAGUCAGAACAAGAACUGUGAGCGAGAGGAGUAAAGACGCCGGAAAAACUCAGGAAGAGCAAAAUGCAGAAUCAAUAAAGGCAGCAGAACGAGCAAACCGCCGUGAAUCGCUACGCCAAUUGUUCCGUGGCCGUGCUAGCUCCUCUCCACCCCCGAAAAAGUCGACAGUUGAUUCAGCGCUUCCAGAUGAGUAUGAGCAUGCCAUUCGGCACUCGGUACUCGCAACGUCGCAGGGAAAUGAUGCCGAAGAUGAAAUGAUUGAACGUGCUUUGCGUGCUAGCAUGACGGAGUUGAAAAAUGCGAAAGCGGCUGGCGAGGAAGAGGACCGAGCUUACGACCUUGCAGUGGAAGCCAGUAUCCGAGAGGCUGAGCGUGUGAUUGAGGAGAAGAAGCGAGAGCACGAUGAACGAUCUGCCGUCGGCCACGACGAAAAAUCGAAUUACUACAUCCAUCAGCCACAAGGUCAMCCCCCGCCAUACUCUGUCGAUCAAACAGACCAAAACAAACCAAGACGGCCACCGACCCUGCCACCGCGUAGUCCUAUCCCUAUACCCACGGAUCACGAGACCGAGUUACAAAAUGCUAUAAAUGAGUCACAAAGAAGUUACGACGAUAACCUACGACGCGAGCAGCGCGAGAAGGAGGAAAUGGACAUCAUUAUGGAAUACGUCAAACGCCAAAGUUUGGCGGAAGCUGAGCAGCAGCGACGACAACAAGAGCAACAAGAAGCAAAGCAGGAGAAAGCUUUGGAAUUAUAG